UUCCCAAUGUACCCACCCGGGAUUGACAAAACUUCAUUAUUCGAAUGUGAUCUAUUUGGUCACCUAAAGUCAGUUUAGCUCCAGGGAUCAGCCAAGUUCGACCUUCCACUCUGCCUGCCUGUGACUUUUACCCCAAACUACUCAAGCUCGGCUGUCUAGGAACACAAACACCCUUUCGAGGAAGGCGCUAAGAAAUCCCUCAGGGCGGUUUUCUCCCGGGCGGGAAUUGAUCCACUGGUCGAGUAAGAGAGGAGAAGAAGAAGAAAGCGAUCCCAGCUCUUAGGGAUCCCACCCUUCAGCCAAUCCCCCAAGGGAAUGGCGUCCGAGAACGUGUGAACUACCCGCCGCGACCGGCCAGGCACCGCGCAGAGAGGAGCCGCCUCUUUCCUUCAGCCGCGAGGGCAGGGCUGCUUGCGGUGAUUUGGCUGGACGUGACAAGAACGGCCGGGCGGCAGGGGGAAAAAGCGGAGCUCCGGUCAAGCCGGCGGGGCGAGGCGGCUAGAAGCCCCGCACACACACACACACACACACACCCAGCCCCAAGUCCCGCAGCCUUAGCCGCUGGUUCGCCGCGCUUCCUCCUCCGUCCUCGGGAAGUCGCUGCGCAAGGCAGGCGCGUCCAGGCCCUGCCCCCUUAGCGUAAGGCAAGGCAAGGGCGGGGGCCGGAGGGAGGCAUCGCCGCAGCGGCGAGCGGAGAAGCGGCGGCGGGAGCGGCUGCGGCACCGAUGGCUCCUGCGGGCGGCAGCGGCAGCUCAGCGGCGGGGAAGAUGGCGCCGUCGCACGUCCUCAAAUGCUGCCAGAGGGUGCUGGCGUGGGUGCCCGUGGUCUUCAUCGCCCUGGUCGUGGCCUGGUCCUACUACGCCUACGUGGUGGAGCUCUGUGUGUUUACCAUUACCUCAAUUGGAGAAAAAGUUGUCUACCUUGUGAUUUUUCAUCUGUCAUUUGUUAUGUUUGCGUGGUCCUAUUGGCAGACUAUUUUUACAUCUCCUGCCUCCCCCUCCAAUGAGUUUGGCUUAUCAAAAACUGAUAAGGAACAAUAUGAAAAAGAAGAGAGACCAGAAUCUCAGCAGGAAAUUCUAAGAAGAGCUGCUAAAGAUCUGCCCGUCUAUACGACAACAACCUCAAGAGCUAUUAGAUACUGCGAUAGAUGCCAGCUAAUAAAACCUGAUCGAUGUCAUCAUUGUUCUGCGUGUGACCUAUGUGUACUGAAAAUGGAUCAUCAUUGUCCUUGGGUGAAUAACUGCGUGGGAUUUUCCAACUACAAGUUUUUUCUCCUCUUUUUAUUUUAUUCCCUCCUGUAUUGUCUGUUUGUUGCUGCUACGGUUCUUCAGUAUUUCAUAAAGUUUUGGACAAAUGAACUUCCAGACACCCAUGCAAAAUUCCAUGUACUUUUUCUAUUCUUUGUGGCUGCCAUGUUCUUCAUCAGCAUACUGUCAUUGUUUAGUUACCACUGCUGGCUAGUUGGUAAAAACAGAUCAACAAUUGAAGCUUUUCGGGCACCAAUGUUUCGAAAUGGGCCUGACAAAAAUGGCUUCUCUCUUGGCUGUCAAAAAAACCUAAAAGAGGUUUUUGGAGAUGAAAAGAAAUACUGGUUGCUCCCUAUUUUUACAAGCUUAGGAGAUGGUUGCAGCUUUCCAACACGUCUGGUGAUUAUGGAUCCCGAGCAGCUCGCUGUCUCAAGCCAACAUGAAACUGUUAAAAGCUCUUCUACUAGUCAGCCAUUUCCUACUAGGCCACUCAGCGAAUCUCAAAAUCGACUGCUCGCCAGUGAUAACCAGUGGGUAGAGGUCAGUUCAGAAGAUGAAACUGUUAAAUCAGGUGUAAAAAAACAUAUUAUAGUUUCAUUGGAGAGCUGAUCUUAUCUCAGUAUCCAUUUCUUUCAGAGAAGGAAAAAUGAUUUCUACAAUACAUUUGUGCUUGGAUAUUAUUUUUUUAAGGAAGACGCCAAUAAAUCAAUGGAACAGUUCCAGCAUGUUAACAAGACACGGAAAAUGACAUUGUUGAUGGUAUCCAGUGGAUGCUUAUAAGCACUUCCGGUGCAGAAAGUCUGAUGCCUUAAGAUUCGUGACGUGCAUUUUUGCAACAUGGACAUAAGCUAUUACAAGGGCCAAAUUCUCAAACGCCCUGCGAGAGUCUGCAAGACUCCAAAGUGCAGAAACUAUGCAUUCCAACUGCACUGUGGCAGUGACUUGAUUCUGCAAACUUCAUGUGUGAAGCAAUGCCAUGCUGGUAUCAUUACUUUCGUAACAGUUCUGUGGAAGAAAAGUGCGGUAGGAAAGGGUAAUCAUAUAGUUUACUAUAGCAUUUCACCAUUAACAUUCCAAAAUACAGUUAUAUGUGGCUCAAUCAUCAUCUGGUGGACUACUGAUAUUUGGUACUUCCUUCCCCCCCCCCUUCCUAUAACCAUCAUGAGUUAACCAGUAGUAAUGGUACAGGUGUUGUAAAGCAGCCAGUCGAAAACUAUGACUUUCUAACUUUCUCUGAUAAUCAAAGUCCUUUUCUUUCAGACUUGAUUUGUUGCAAUACAGUGUUGUUACAACACUGUACAGUAUUAGAGAAGCAAGGUUUCUUACUCAGCUCAUUAGCCAUUUGAAGCGCUAAUUGAGAACAUUAUUUUACUGAGCAAUUUUGGACAUUAUUUUUAAUCUCUAGGAAACAUGGGUAAGUGAUGUUCACCCUUCCCAUUUUAGAAUGUUUAAUAAUUGCGGGUUUUAUUUGUUAGCAUUUUUGCCUGAUAUCCCCAAUAAAUAUAUUCUUUCUGAAGUCUGCAGGUUAUUCAGCCAUGAACAGAAAUCAUUCCUUUCUUUUUCUUCCUGUUCUUGCUUUUUUAAAAUAGAAAAUAAUCUGGCAUGAAAGUGUUAUUGAGGGAUUGGAUUUCAUAACCCUCUGUACUAGGAACAUUGAGUGAACUAGGGAAGGAACUGGAGAAAGGGGACCUUAUUCACAGCCAUCUGCUUUCAUUGUUCAAGAUUCCCCGUCUUUUCUAUCUCUCUUUGAUCUUGGAUCUAAUCCUAUCCCUUAUCAAUAAAUACUGGUGUAUACUUUCAGUACAACGGUAAAUGAUUACAUUAAUCUGUUAGAGCAGGGGUGUCAAACUCAGGUUAUCACAGUGGCAUCACGUGACAUAUCAGGACUUUUCCCCCCUCGCGAA